AUGAUGGUCACAAGGCUCGCCGUUUUCCUGGGGGCCGCGCAGCUCUGUGGUGUUGGCGGCGUAGAGAGAGCUGAUGCUCUCACGCCGUCUGAGGCGGCAGUGCCUAUCUCGGAGGAUGACGAAUGCUCUGACGGAUCUGAAGCGGAAACAUGUGCUCUGAACGCGUUGCAGAGGGCAGGUAUGAGGAAAGAGUACCAAGACGAGCUACUUCAAAGCGAAGAAGCAUCCGGCGAUGCCAGCAUUCUCUCAUGGAAAGGAGCACGAGAGACCGGCAGUUCCUGUUUCUGGACCAACUGUGACGAAGUUUCUCUUGGCCCGACAGAAUGCCAUCACUUUAGAUGCAUCUGCCGGGAGAACUAUUACUACAACAAGGAAGCAGACAAAUGCACGCCAGUCCCCGACAACGUCGAGGGUCAUGACACUGGUGGCAGAUGCCAUUUCUUCAGUUGCGCGGCCAGCCGUGGAUUGACGCAGUGCGUGGCUGGCAAAUGCCUGUGCAUUGCGGGGUACACGGCCGAGAACGGAGUAUGCAAGGCAAAGGAAGGCUUCAGCGAGUUGCCUGGCGGCGAUGUUUGUGGCACGCCCAAGAUGGAUGACCUUUGCUGGAAAGCCGUGGACUGGGCGAUGCAUGACAACAUUUACGCCAAUCCUAAGCAGUAUGCUGGUCUUCAUGCAGGAGCUUCCAGUUUCCAGGAGUUUCAGCAGUUUGUACACGAAGUCGACAAGGUCACCUGCCCCAGACCAUGUCCGGUGAACUACGAGCACUUCGAGACGCCCAAAGUGCUCGAUCCCGCGUAUCAAAGGAUGAAAGGUGUGUCAUAUGGGCCCGCGCCCGUGAAGAAGGCGGGGUCCCCCAUCAACGGUGACGACUACAUGGCAGACAUCACUGGAGCGAUGUGGGCUGAUUGGGGCCGCGGCGACCUGGAGCUGAUCAAACAGUUGGGAGGAAACACCAUCCGAAUGUAUGGCAACGAUGCAAACACGAGCCACAGGGCCUUCCUGGACCUGGCCUAUGAGAAGGGGAUUGAUGUUGUAGCAGGCAUGAGCGAUUUUGGCUUCACACAGGGCCCGGACAACUGCUUGAUCAACGACUGGUACUGCUUCGAUGAGGCCUACUUCUACUUUCACAAGAAUCUCUUGAUGGGUUUCGCCAUCGACUCGUUCAAGCGCUACCAUCCUGCUCUAAAAGCCUUGAUCUUGGCGAAUGAACCAGACUUGAAGGUACAUCCACGAAGUCUGACCUGCAGAGCGAUGGCAUCUGUGUUCGAUGCAAUCUUGGAAGCUGAGAAGGAUGUGGGUGUAACUGGGAACCCCAUCGCAUUGACCAUCACGUGGUCGUUUGCUCUCUUCCCAGAUGCAAACGUUCACCCCAAUGCUCCUGCUCUGGGGCAAAUGGAGGAGUUCUGGGCUUGUUUGCAGAAGGGUACCGAGAAGGAGCCCAUCAACUACACGCCCCGGAACGACUUGGUCCAGGCUUUUCGCAAGCGAUUUGUUCACAGUUUCAACACGGCCAACAAAGCCAGGGAGGUGGCGGACAUGAUGUUGAACAAGUAUUCUCAAAGCAGUUUCUGGACUCCGACGUUGAAGGUUCCUGUCUUCAUAGGUGAGUAUCACAGCGUCCAUGGCAACAUGGAGGAGGACCUCACAGAAGCCGUGCAGCUGGCGAAGUCUCCGAGAUAUCCCUACUUCAUGGGCUAUUCUUUCUUUGAGUUCAGCCGGAGCUACUGGAAAGGAGGUCCUGAGAUGGAGUUUGGUAUGUUCGGCUAUGGCGAUUGUCCACUCAUGGACAUGAACUACACUGGCAACACAUACACCAUCUGGCCCCUCGACCCAGCUUCGAGCACCCUCGACGUGGAAACCAGGAAGCUUUGGGGCUUGGUGGCUACUCUUUGGAGGAACGGUCACCUUGAUGCGGCAAAAGACAUCCUGAAGGCAGCAAUGUUCCUUUCAUCGCAUCCUGAGGCACCCGAAGAAGUGGCGAAGUGCUGGCUGGCCGUAGGGCGUUGCUGUCACCGUGCUGGCCUGAACAAGGAAGCAGCAGCUUUUGCACAGAAGGCCUUGGCAGAUGCGAGAGUCGAAGUCGGUGCUCGGCUCCUGCUGUUGGAAGUCUCCUGCGAGAAGCUGAAGGCCGAGGAAAGUCACAAAGAACACCCUCAGGAGGCUUGGCUCCAGCUGGAGAUGAUGCGAAAGCACUCCCCGGGCCUCUCGUUGGAGGAGGCGGCAAGAGCGGCGAAGCUCGUACUGGAGCAGUCGUCAGAGGAUUUGGCAACCGCCGGCCUGGAGUUCUUCGUCGCUUGUGCGGUGCGGGAGGAGUCGCAGGAAGAUCCGAACGGCCUGAUUAUCUCAGUGCAGCUGUUGAUCCGAGCUUUGGAGUUGAAGCGAUCGGAUACGGAGCUGCUGCAGCGUUUGGACGCCGUAGCGGCGGUUUCGGCCAGGGUGUCACUUCAAGCUGAACUUCGCAACUCUGCGCCUGCUACUCCCGGGCUUGCGGCGCUUCGAGAAGCUGUGUCUUUGGCCUGGAGCAGAGGACAAGAACUUGGAGACAGUUGCCAGUGGGAACUGGCAUCUUCCAUGUUCGAGCGCAUCCACCGCAUCCUUCAGCCACUGGACACCCUAACGCCGCAUGGACCAGACCUCGACGUUGCAAGGCUUCAGGAGCUCUGGAGUGCGAGGGCCUGGUGUUUGGUACUGGAGGCAUCUGCCAGAAUCCAGCAGGCGAAGGAUCUUAAGACGAAUGCUCAAGACCGAAGCAUGCAGCUGCAGCAAGCACGCGGCAAUCUGGACACAGCUCACAGGCUGCGUCGCCAGUCGGAGAAGGUGUCAGCAGAGAGCUUGGACAAGACCGAGCUCCGGAGUUCUCCCUGGUCUCAUCGGCUCUUCAUGAUCCUCGUGCUUGUGGAGUUUGAGGUGAAGUGUCUGACCGGUGAAACUGAGGUAAGCUUGCAGCAGUUUGUCGAUCAGGCAUCUUCUCAUGAAGCAGUUGGCCUCCAUAGCCUCUUGGCGAUGGCCAAAAUUCUUGCGGCAUCUUCAUACCGACGGUUGGCCAUUCAUUGCUUGCAAAGCUAUCUGAAAGUCCUGACUGCGACGCGGGCUGCUGUGGACUACAAGCAGAUCGUCGCUGCCUAUCGCAACAUGGUGGCCUUGCUGUCCUCCAGGAAUGAGGGCUUCCGCCUUUUCGAAGGUCUCUGCAACAUCUUGAGCCAAGCCAGCCAAGCAGAAGAGCUGGCCUCCUCCAACUUGGAGGAAGAAGCGGCCUGGCUGAUCGCAAAGUCAUGGAAUACCGGCAGGCACUUCUAUCGCCUGCAGCAGUACAGGUAUGCAGAGCACUGGAUGAGCAAGAGCCUUUCCUUCGCCAAGAUAUUCCCCGGUGUUCCAGGUCUGCCUUCACCUGAAACCAUGGCUGAGGGAUAUAGGUCGUGCUUGAAGCACUGCAGCACAUAG